AAAAAGCCUUACUUAUAAAUUACAGCAUCAUGUGGCGGUGAUCCGAAUGCCGAAGCUGGUUGUGGGAUAAAUUGUAACAGGCGUUGUUCAGAUGUUGGCAAGGACCCUGACGUCUGCGAGGAAGAUAUAUGUGCUAUAAACGGUUGUGAUUGUAAACAAGGAUAUUAUUAUGAUUCGACUUCAUCGAAAUGUGUUCUACCAGAUCGAUGUCCUACUACCAAUUCACCAGGAAAUGUCGACCAAUCGUUGGAAAAACUCCGCACAGGAAACAUGGCAUUAGUUGGCCAGUUUCUUUGGGAAUUAUACAAAAUGGAUCCAGGACAAAGUUUCGUUACAUCACCCGUAUCUGUACUCAUUCCUUACGGUCAACUAGCGCUAUACGCCGUUGGAGAAACUUUAGAUCAACUAUUAAAGUUUAUAAACCUCGACAAUAAGGAUCAGAUCAAGGAAGCUUUCCCCGCUUUGCUUAAGAAUUAUCGGUCUCAAACCUCAGUUCUUUUGACGGUGGCAGUUAAAUGCUACGGCAACAUAAAUUAUCCUUUUACGGACCAGUUUAAGAACGACGCUGUAACUUAUUUUGACUCAGAAGGAGAAAAUAUUGAUUUUAAAUAUGCGAAAGAAGCUGCAGACACAAUAAACGGAUGGGUCGCAAACAAAACCAAUAACUUAAUUCAAAAUCUUGUCAGCGAAGAUUUGUUCAGCGAUGACACUAGAUUGGUUCUAGUUAACGCCAUUUAUUUCCUGGGAAAUUGGCAAAAUCAGUUCAAUCCUAAUAACACUCGCGACAGAGACUUCUACAUCACACCAAACAAAACUAAGUCCAUAAAGACUAUGUAUCAAGAAAACACCUUUAAUUAUGGAGAUAAUGAGAUUCUUGAUGCACAGAUCUUAGAAUUGUUCUACAAAGGCGGCAAUUCUAGUUUAGUAAUCUUGUUACCAAAGAAAAAAGAUGGCCUUCUCCAGAUGUUAGAUAAAUUACGAAGUUCAGAUGAAUUAUCUAAUAGUAUUAAAUCACUUAGGCGAGAGAAAGUCAAAGUAUUCCUACCUAAGAUGGAUAUAGAAACGAAAAUCGAUAUAGCAGAACUUUCCCAGAAGCUGAAUGUAACCAAAAUGUUCGAUCCACGAUCAGAUGAUUUCGAAGGAAUUUUAUUAAAUUCGGACCCCGUAUAUGUUUCUGCUGCAAUACAGAAAGCUAAAAUCAUAGUUGAUGAAACGGGAACCGAGGCAGCGGUCGCAACUGCCGUCGUACUCACUAAAAGAAGUAGAACAGAUAUGUAUUCUUUUGAAGCAGAUCAUCCGUUUGUAUACGCAAUCAAAGUUCAAGAUGACAUUAUAUUUAGUGGGGUUUUUGUCGGAUAAGUUGAACAAAUAUUAUUAAUGUAAAGUUAAAUGUUUGUAAUUGUGAAGUUUUUGUAAUAAUAAUCA